UUUCACGCAUGUUUUUUCUUUUUCCGGGGCGGUUCAAGCAUUUUGGAAGCUGGAUGCCUCCCAACAGGGAUCCCUUCACCAUCUUCCGCCCAGCACCAUUUGUUCCUCUCUUCCGUUGGGCUUCUCAGACCGAACUCUGAACAAGACGACGGACAUGACCCGGAAGUCCUGGGAACAAGAAAGACCUCCAUUUCCAUGUUGAAUCGACCUGUUCAAAACAACAUCCCCAGAGGAUAUAGGGGGAAGAGCUGUUUUAUGCUGUUUUGAACCACCCAGGACCCAGCAGGUUGUAUAGAGCGUCUUUCGAUCCAAGCAGCUAUGCCGAAGAAACAGACCCAGCAGGUGAAGCUGUUCUUUUUUCCGAGUCUAGUUCUUUUGUGGAACUACAACCUGGUCUAUGUACCACAACUCACCUCCAUCACUCUAGUGGCAGUGGCAAAAAGGACCGGUCCACCGUCAACAGGUGACGCUCCACCGGAAAGGGACCCUAUGGACUUCUCCUCUGGACCUGGCGACUACCGACGACGCCCGACGCGACGCGACCUGCGCGGAGGUUCGGAGUGCCCGACGAGUGGGGCGCCGGAGGAGUGUUGGUGCUUGGUCGAAGAAGGAAAGGAAAGGGUUACUGUUUAUCAAAGCAGCUGUAGGUAGGACACAGGUAGCCCGGCC